AUGGACACUCCUUCCCAGUUCUUCAACGAAGCGGCAUACGACGAUCCGGGCCGCGACGGAUAUUUCGACACCGAAAGCAUACCCGGCCUCAAGACAGAACCAGGCGUCGACGAUACCACGUUCUUCCUCAACCAACCAAACGAGGUACUGCUGGCGGCACAACUGCAGGCAUCGAAGAGCUCCGCGCAAAGGACAGCAUCGAACAUCGAAGACGACCCUGCACAACCAAACCUGGAAACCGACACGAUGAAUCUGAGGAACCGCCGGUCCCAAAGACACACCCGGGGCUCGACAGCCACGGUGGACUCGCAGGCGUCUUCCACACAGCGGUCGACGCCUCCCGCUCUGGUACAGGCGUCGAGCAGAUCGACCGACCCCUCUGCCGAACCCCCUCCAGCCCUUCCGAAAAAACAGCACAAGCGAAAGAAGAGUUCGGCCAGCUCGGUGCCGUCUACGCAAGACGACCCCAAGCGUGAUAUUUUCUUGCAGAGAAAUCGAGUGGCCGCGAGCAAAUGCCGACAGAAGAAGAAGGAGUGGAUGAGUGAACUGCAGGACACAAAGCAGGAACUGGAGAACCACAACAUGCAGUUGCAUGCCGAGUACAAUGGGCUGCUGGGCGAAAUCACCAGGCUCAAGGAUCAGCUCAUGUCGCACGCACCCUGCAACGACCGCAACAUCGAUCUCUGGCUCGAGGCUGAAGCGAGGCGGUUUGCGCAGAACUCGAGCAAGAGGUUCAACCCGGCUCACGGGGCCACUUUGCCCUCCGAGCAGCAGCUGCCUCCAGGGGCAAUGACCCUGCCUCCUAACCACUUGGGUAUGUCUCUGACCAACCACCCCCUCAUCCGUCCGAGUUAUGGGAAACUGAUGCGAGUGCCUUGA